AUGAAACGAAUAAAAGAUAUUAAUAAAGACUUAGAUAUUAAAUUGAAUGCUUAUGUUAGUAAUAUAGAUGCAAGUACUCCUGGAGUCGUAUGUAAUGCUUUUAGAUAUUUAGCAGAUAGAUAUAGGUUUAAUAAUAUAGAUAAAUAUUUCAGGAAACAUGGUAAAAAAGAUUAUUUGUUUUUAUCAAAAAAUCCACUUAGUAGUACUAAAUCAAGAAAAGUACUAAAUGGUGUACAUGGAUGUUGUGAUAGAGAUAGAGAUGAAUUCCCUUACUCCUCAACUAAAGAUAAUACUAACUUAAAAAAAGAUGUCAGCAUAUUAUGUGUUAAUAGUAUAACAGAUAACAGAUUAGAUGGAUCUAGAUUAGGUAGAUUUUAUGCUGCAAGUACUUAUAAUAAUAUUGAUUAUAGUAAAAGUUUUCCAUUCUGGCCAAAUAUGGAUAUAAAAUCAUCUGAAAUACCAAAAAGAUAUGAAACUAGUCCUGUUGAUGGGUUUAUUUUAUUUUUUAACAUAGAGGGAGUUGAUUGUAACUUAAAGACUAAUGAACCUUUAUUCAAUGGUAAACUUUUUUCUGAAGCUAUUCGAUACCCAACAUUUGAAUAA